GUGUGUCGUGAGAUAGCCAACAACACUGAUAGGACUGUGCGAGAGUCUGAGACUGCAACAGGACAAGCAGAAAGUUCCCCAGUCGACCCUCUGACCUGGUCAACCAUAAAGAUGGACUGUGAUAGCGAUGAACUGGUGUUCUUUGUUAAUGGCAAGAAGGUAGUGGAAAAGAAUGCAGACCCAGAAACAACCUUGCUCCAUUACUUGAGAACUAAGUUGAGACUGACAGGUACAAAACUGGGAUGUGCAGAGGGGGGCUGUGGAGCUUGCACAGUGAUGGUGUCCAAGUGUGAGCGCCCAUCAGGGAAUAUAAUACACUAUUCUGUGAAUGCUUGUCUGGCCCCAGUAUGUGCCAUGCAUGGCCUGGCUGUCACAACUGUUGAGGGAAUAGGUAGCACCAAGACCCAGCUCCAUCCAGUACAGGAAAGGAUUGCAAAGUCUCAUGGCUCUCAGUGUGGAUUCUGUACUCCAGGAAUUGUCAUGUCCAUGUACACCCUGCUCAGGAAUACAAGACAGCCUUCCAUGGAAACUAUGGAAAAUGCUUUUCAGGGUAACCUCUGUCGAUGCACUGGCUACAGGCCAAUUCUGGAAGGCUUCAAAACUUUCACAAAAGAGUUUUACUGUGGGCAGGGUGAAAACUGCUGUAAAAAUGGACCACUGAAUCCAAGGGAAAAUGACCGGUUGUUUGAACCAAGUGAGUUUGUUCCUUUGGACCAAACCCAAGAACCUAUAUUCCCUCCCGAACUACAACUUUCCAAUAAGCUUGACAAUAAACUGCUUGUAUUCAGAGGGGAAAGAACCACAUGGCUGAGGCCUGUGACCUUAAAUGAACUAUUGGAUUUGAAAGCCAAGCACCCUCAGUCAAGGAUGGUGGUUGGAAACACAGAAGUUGGUAUUGAGGUUAAGUUUAAAAACAUGACUUAUCCAGUGAUAAUUGCUCCAACACAUGUCCCUGAGCUACUUGAGGUCAAACACACAAAUACAGGCAUCACUUUUGGAAGUUCUGUUUCACUGUCAAGAUUGAAUCAAAUCCUGGUCGAAACAGUAAACAAACUGCCAGAACACAAGACUCGAGUAUUUGCUGCCAUUAUUGAAAUGCUCAGGUGGUUUGCAGGUGAUCAGAUCAGGAAUGUUGCAGCCAUUUCAGGUAACAUUAUGACUGCUAGUCCCAUCUCAGACUUGAAUCCUAUAUUUAUGUCUGCUGGUUGUUCAUUAAUUGUCAGCUCAAAAGAAAGGGGUGCCAGAGAACUGCUGUUGGACCACUCUUUCUUCUUAGGAUACAGAAGGACAGUGGUGGAGCCUGAUGAAGUCCUGAUCUCAGUUCAUGUACCAUUCACAAGUGAGAAUGAAUAUUUCUAUGCAUACAAGCAAGCUCAGAGGAGAGAAGAUGACAUUUCUAUCGUGAAUGCUGCCAUGAAAGUGGAGUUUGAACAGGGUGGUAACACUAUUAAACAAAUGGCUCUGAGUUUUGGUGGCAUGGCUCCCACUACUGUUAUGGCUCUCAGGGCAGCACAGCAAGCUGUUGGGAGGAAAUGGGAAGAUGACCUGGUGACAGAUAUGUGUGGUUGGCUGGCAGACGACCUUCCAUUGACCCCUGAUGCUCCAGGAGGUCAGACAGAAUACAGGCGGACAUUAACCACAAGUUUUUUCUUCAAGUUUUAUCUCAGUGUGCAAAUGCGGUUGAGUGAAGCAAAGGUUGGUCUAAGCAAUGUUCCCAGAUCAUACAGAAGUGCCUUGCCCGUCUAUCACCGGGAACCCAUUAAAAGCACUCAGGUGUAUGAAGAGGUUCCUGAAGCCCAAUCAGAGAAGGAUGCUGUGGGGAGACCCCUCCCGCACAAAGCAGGCUCUCAGCAAGCCACUGGAGAGGCUCAGUACUGUGAUGAUAUGCCUUAUGCUGAUGGUGAGCUGUAUCUUGCCUUAGUCACAAGCACAAGACCUCAUGCCAAGAUCCUUAAUAUUGACGCCAGUGAUGCCUUAAAAAUGACAGGUGUAAAAGCCUUCUUUUGUCACAAAGAUGUACCUGGAAAUAAUACGGAGGGCCCAGCUGCAGUUAAAGAUGAGGAGGUUUUUGCAUCAGAAAAGGUGACUUGUGUGGGUCAGGUGAUAGGAGCAGUGGUAGCAGACAACCAGGUCCAUGCUCAGCGAGCUGCCAAGGCUGUCAUUGUGGAAUAUGAAGAUUUGCCAGCAAUUGUCACAAUUGAGGAAGCCAUUGAAGCAGGGUCUUUCCACCCUCCUGCCAGGUCCAUGUCCUGUGGAGAUGUGGACCAAGGUUUUGCCCAGUCUGACCACGUGCUGACUGGUGAGAAACGAGUUGGUGGACAGGAGCACUUUUAUCUAGAGACACAAGUGACCAGAGCCGUUCCUAGGGGGGAGGAUGGAGAAAUGGAAGUUUUCAGUUCUACCCAGGCUCCAUCAAUUGGACAGUUUAUGAUAGCCAGUGCUCUAGGAGUUCCAGCCAACAGGAUUACUGUACGAGUAAAAAGAUUGGGAGGGGGUUUUGGAGGCAAGGAAACACGUUUUCAUGUUCUUAUGGUACCAGUGGCAGUUGCAGCUUUCAAGCUGAAUUGCCCAGUACGCUGCAUGUUGGAUAGAGAUGAAGAUAUGUUGGUAACUGGUGGGAGACACCCUUUUCUUGGCAAAUACAAGGUUGGAUUCAGCAACAGUGGUAAAAUCCUUGCUUUAGAUGCAGCGUUGUACUCCAAUGCAGGCAACAGUGCUGAUCUCUCUUUGGCGGUAAUGGAGAGGGCAAUGUUUCACAUUGACAGCUGUUACAAGUUGCAUAAUGUCAGAGUUGUGGGACACUUGUGUAAAACCAACCUUCCAUCAAACACAGCUUUCCGAGGGUUUGGAGGGCCUCAGGGGCUGAUGAUCAUGGAGACAUUGAUAAAUGACAUUGCUGAUUAUUUGGGGGUUUCGCCUCUGGAGGUGCGUGAGUUGAAUAUGUACAAAGAAAAUGACGUUACGCACUUUGAUCAGAAACUCGUCAACUGCAACAUACGGCGCUGCUGGGAUGAGGUAAUUAAACAAAGUAACUUUCACAGAAGAAGACAAGAAAUUGAUAUUUACAAUAGUGAGAAUCGUUGGAAAAAACGUGGUAUUGCAGUCAUCCCCACAAAGUUUGGCAUAUCUUUUACAGCUACAUUUCUUAAUCAAGGAGGAGCAUUGGUCCAUGUCUACCAGAAUGAUGGCUCUGUUCUUAUCACACAUGGGGGCACAGAAAUGGGUCAAGGCCUGCAUACCAAGAUGAGCCAGGUUGCUAGUAGAGCUCUAAACAUCCCCAUUUCCAAGAUUCAUAUUAGUGAGACCAGCACCAACAUGGUACCGAACGCCUCAGCGUCUGCUGCCAGUGCCUGCUCUGAUUUGUAUGGCAUGGCAAUCUUGAAUGCCUGCCAGAUUAUUAUGGAACGCCUGGAACCGUACAAAAUUGCCAACUCGAAAGGCACUUGGGAAGAAUGGGUGAAGGCUGCCUACUUUGACAGAGUUAGUCUAUCGACAACUGGGUUUUACAAGACUCCAGACAUUCAAGGUUUUGAUUGGGAGAAUAACAAAGGGAUGAUGCCCUUCAAUUACUUUACCUUUGGUGCAGCAUGCUCAGAAGUGGAAAUCGACUGUCUCACAGGAGAUCAUACGGUUUUGAGAACUGAUAUAGUGAUGGAUGUGGGCACUAGUUUGAACCCAGCAAUAGACAUUGGUCAAAUUGAAGGGGCAUUUGCACAGGGAUAUGGCAUGUUCACCAUUGAACAGCUGAAGUUCAGUCCACAGGGAAGUCUGAUCAACCGGGGCCCUGGGGCCUAUAAGUUACCAGGAUUUGGAGAUGUCCCUGUGGAAUUCAAUGUCUCUCUACUUAAAGGGGCUUCCAACCCAAGGGCUGUAUACUCCUCUAAGGCUAUUGGAGAGCCUCCCUUGUUUUUGGCAUCCUCAGUAUUCUUUGCCAUCAAAGAUGCCAUCUCUAGUGCUCGGGCGGAUGCAGGUGUGCCGGGACUGUUUAAACUGGACAGUCCAGCCACGCCAGAAAGAAUCCGAAUGGCUUGUGUGGAUCAAUUCACCAAACAGUUUCCACCUGCUGAAGCUGGGUCUUAUAAACCAUGGUUUGUGCAUGUCUAGAAAACACCGAUGCCAUGUGUGUAUGAGGGAAGUUCAAUUCAUAUUUAGCUUUGAUAAAUACAUAACAAUUAUCAGAACAGAACAUGCGCAGGUAACCAUUUUAAUGAUAAAUAUUUUACAAUCAUCAGAACAGAAUGUGGACAGGUCACCAUAAUUUUAAUUGUCAGAAAUAGGGACAAAAUGGUGAAAUGGGGUAUGUUUGAGAAUCUGAUGAUUCAGCUAUGCACUUCUGUCAAUGAAUAAGUUAGUUGAAAGAGGAUUAUUUGUCCCUUUGAAACAAGAACACUUUGUAAGAAUGGACAUUAAGUUUGCCAUAAUUUAAGGCAUUAGAAUUGAAAACACUGUCAGGAGUGUUUUUAAUAUAAAUGCAUACCAAUAGGUGUUGCUGUUGGUUUUAUUUGAAUUGCAUCUGUCUCAUGUUUACAUCUCUGUAAAGUCCCUGUUAAGUUUAUAUCAUUCAUAAUUUCUAAUAACAGUUAUGCUAUGUCACUUGACUAUAUUAUGUGAAACCAUUUAUCAGAAAUAUAUAUAAACUCAGAACUGUAUGCCUGUAAUUACCCCAGUUAGGUCAUGGCAUACACCUUACUAAAACCAACAUAUUUUACAAGUAAAUGUAUAUAUAUUUAUAUAUACGAAAGGGUGUUGGACAUCAGAUAAGACUUGGCAGCUGUGAAAUCCAUUUGAUCUGUUCAGAUGCGGCAGUAUUAAGGCAAUUACAACGAAAGUUUUGUAUGGUAACUAUACAUUAUACAUUAUAAGAGCACAAAUAUUUAACAUUUUCUUGUAGGUUAACAGGUGGUGGCUACCUUUUAGCAUAAAUUGCCAUGUGUAUGUAUAUGAAUUUAUGUAAUUAUGAAGAAGUUUGGAAAAGUCACUUGCAAAAUGCUAGAAGAUUAAGAUAAAUGCUAGAAGAUUAAGAAGAGAAUAUCUUUGACAGAUUGGCUGGGCUACAGGUAUAAAUUGAAAGGAGUUGCAGCAUUUUCUGCUUUUUUAAAAAAGGGGAAGGAAUUAGAAAGUUUCUUUGGUGAUUAAUGGGUGAUAUGAAAUGGAGUUAAAAAUGUUUACAUAAUUUUCCUCUAGUUUUAUCAAAUAUUUUAAAGUUUUAAUGAUGUUAUUUGCAUUUAACAGCAAGUAGCGAGAAUGUGUGUAUUUAGACUUUUCAUUUAAAGAUGCAUACAAAGCAUGUCAAAUUAUUGUCACUUAAAGCUAAAAAACGUUUACACAAUUUUUCCACUAGUUUUAUCAAAAAGGUGAUAUUUUAAGGUUUUUAAUGAUGUUAUUUGCAUUUAAUAGCAAGUAACCAGAAUUUUUGCAUUUAUACUUUUCAUUUAAAGAUGCAUACAAAGCAAGACAUGUCAAUUUAUUGUCACUUAAUGCAACAGAUGCCACCAAAUAGUUUCAAAUAGUAUAACUUAAGGAAGUACAAUAGGGUUUCAAUUUAUAAUUCCCCUAAAGACGAUUCUUCAACAGAUGUUUUCUGCUUACUGUCUGUGCUAUAUACAACCCUCUUUUUGCUUUCGCCAGCUCUCAUUUGAAUUAUGUGAUUGCAGCAGUAAUAUCUUCUACAUUGUUUAAUCAUUUGGCAGACUUUUACAAACAGAUAACUAAGACCAGUUUAAGACCAGAAAUUUUAAGAUGGUGCAGUUUUAAAGCCUUUUUUGGUGGAGCACUUAAUUUGGUUUAUCCUUUGGUUUGUGGACUUGGACUUGAGAACCUGGUAGUUGUAAUUUAUAUGCAGAACAAGGAAUCUAUGCUCUCUUUGCAUGCAUCUUUAAAGAAAUUUGUCAAUGUCAGAUUGACUUCACCUAAUAUUUCUGCAGUUCCUCUCCUGGUAUUUUAAUAGGAAACUUUUAAAGAAUUUAUUUUUAUCCUUAAUUAAGUGCAAUCACAUGGAAUUCAUUCUUAUAAUACCAGCAGCAUUAAUUUAUACUAAGCUUCUUGUUAUAAAAUACACAACUCUUCUGUUUUGACAUAAGGUAAAAUAAAGAUUUUUCUGUUUGGCCAA